CGCCCGCCCUCCAGCCUCUGCAGCAGCCCCGGCUCCCUCCCGCCCGACAGCCUCCAGGCCUUCCCCGGCCUCGACUCGCCCAGCAUCCAGUGUGACAGCCUCGAGUGUCCCCCCUGCUCGUGCUGCUGCUGCUGCCGCCGGAGCGCAGGCUCGGCCGCAGCCAGCGAGGACAGCCUGCAGGCCCCUCUCGCCCGGGGCUCCGGCACACGGUGCUUCGGUGCGCACCUCGCCUCCAGCGACCUCUCCGACAGCCUGGAGUCCUUCAUCCAGCACGACAGCCUCCAGUCGCUCUCCAGCCUGUGUGUGAGCUCCUCCAGUAUCAGCGGUGAUAGCCUUGAAUCUCUUUCCGGCUUGAGCCUCGGGGCCACCACCCAGCACAGCGAUCUCGAGUUCAUCGGCCACUGAAUCUGCCUUCAGCUUCCAACACUACGCCUUACUGCUGGCUCUCUGCCAGCUGCCGUGAGAGCUGCCGGGCUUCUGCCCUUCGUUCGAAUGUGACUUUGUUCCAGGUGAUCCUUCUGCAUCCAGUGCCAUAACCUCAGACCUUACUGUGGUGCCAUUCCCAAAUUCAGUGCUUCAGAGGGGCAGUGCUCAUUAUUACCUGCAGUAUUAACGCUGAUUUUUUGUCACCAGUUAAGAAUGGAAGUGCGUGGUCCUUGGAGGAAUCCCAGCUACCUCUCAGAUCUCUAUGAGAACAUGUUAAGGGCUGAAGGAGCAGUGGGGCGAGGGCAGCAGCAGUCCCCAGCAGUCCAUACAAGUGGCAGCAAGACUUUUUGGAGCAGUCCCCCAGCCAAGGAGAGCUCCCAGCCAAACCAUCCUCCGAGCAGCACCCCCUCCAGCUGUGACCCAGCCCUGCGGCCCAUCAUCCGCCGCCGAGCGAGAUCCCUGCCUACAUCACCCGAGAGGAAGAAGAGAGCAGCAGUGCAGUGUCAGGAGCCCGGCUGCCAGAGCCGCAUGAACCGGGUCAGGUUUGCUGAUGCUUUAGGCUUGGAGCUCACUGAAGUGAAAGUCUUCCAGACUGGGGAGGAUCCAACCAUCCCCUUGCAUGUCCUUUCCAGGCUCUCCAUAAACUCAGACCUCUGGUACAGCAGCUUGAACUUGGAGUUUACUAUGCAAUGCUUGGUCCCUGACUUCCAGCAGCCUGCAGACUGUCCGGAUUUCUCAUCCCGACUCCAGGAGCAGCAGGUGUGUCUGGAACGGGUGACCAGCUCAGAUCUGGGGCUCAGUGGCACCAUCCAGGUUCUCAAUGUUGCUUUUGAGAAGCAGGUGUCUGUGCGCUACACCUUCAACGAGUGGGAAAGCCUCCAUGAGGUGUGUGCUCAUUGGCACCAGAGCCUCCCAGAGAAAAACGGGCAGGAUCAGGUUGAUGUGUUCACUUUCUUUCUUCCUGUGCCUCCUUUCCUUCUUCAGCUGAGCACUCUCGUCCAGUUUGCAGCAAGGUACCAAGUCAACGGCCAGGAGUACUGGGAUAACAACAGAGGCAAGAACUACACCCUCACCUGCCGGACUCACCCCCUGAAGCUGCCAAGGGAAUGUGAGGAGAGCUGGAUCCACUUCAUCUGAACAAAGGGAGUGGUGCCGAGCAGCGUGUCAGUGGUCUCGGUGGCACUCUGUCCCUUGGCGUGGCUCUCUGCUCCUAUGGCAACAGUCUUCUUUUUGAAACCUGCCAAACCCGGCCAAGUGUCCUAGGGCUGAGAAGCAGCCAGUGACCUGUUCAAAACCUCUGGGAAAGUUAAAAAUCUGUAGUGAGAUACAAUCAUAGGAAGGCCAUGUGGUUUUUUUGAGUGUAUGAGUCAUUGCAGAAUGGUUCCAGGGAAUGCUCUGAGGCUACCAGAGAGCAAAAUAACACAUCUCUUGUUGCUAGUGGUACUCUUGGUUGCAUAGAAUGUUUCUAACUGAUCUCUCUUACCUUUUUCUACUGUUUGUUUUCUAAGUGGACAGUGUGGCUUUACAGGUUUUGUUUCUAAUUUUGUUUAUAUUACUUCACCAAGUCAGGGCACUAUUCCAUUUAUGCAUAACUUGGAUGGCAGACACUGUAGGGAGGACUUGUGUAUAUAUAUAUAUAUGUUAUUAAGGCUGUAACCACGUUAAAUAUUGCCAUUAAUAUUUGAGUUGGAAAUUAAAUGCUACUAUGAGCAAAACAUACACGAAAAUGUACCAUCAGCCCCUCUGUUUCCCUUGGGGAAAAAAAUAAAAGGUGCCUUUUCUUAUCUCCUCCUUGCAGCAGGAGUGAUUGUUACCAAAGUGUGUGUAAGGCAGAUCGCCUGGGGAAAUUCUCUUUUCAAGUGAAGCCCAAGUAGGUUUUUCUCAAGGUGGUGGUACAGGAAUUGUCUUCUCUUGGUGCACCUGUUUUUACUAAGGGAAACGUGAGCAAUUUUGGACUCGUGUUGCAGUUGAAGAUCUCAAAGCACUGUAUGAAUGCUCAUGAUUUUAUCACCGUUGCUGGUAAAAUUAUAAAUCAAGAAAUGGAUAUGAUAUAAAUAUAUAUAAGGAAAAAAAUAGUACGGGGAGCAGGGUACAGAGGCUUGGAAUAGCAUUCCAGAACCCUGAAUCCUGGCAGUUCCCCAGUGUUCCAGUGCUACUGCAGAAUUAACUUUGGCUUCUUUAUUUAACUACUUGCCAUUAUAAAACAGUUGAACUCUUAAGGCUGCAGCCUUUGCAACACAAGCUGGAACUUCAAAGCACUUAAUUUGGUAAACUGCUACUUACAUAGACCCAUAAACAGAAUCCCGUCUGUUAGAACAGGAGCACUGUUAGACCAUCUUCCCAUGCUUCUUGCUCUAUUAUUUUCAUUCUGUGCUUUUAGUGUGGUUUAAGAUAUGCAACAGGCUUAACUCUAUUAAAUAAAAGCUCGUCCAUAAUUGUUUCCAUACAUAUUCAUUACUGCAUGGAAAGUUUAGCUUUAUAUGUGUAGCAUAAACUUUCAGAGCUGGCUGGAAAUAUUAGAAGAGCUGUGUUUUAGGACUAUGCUAUGAAAAUUAGGCCACUUAUUUGGACAUCUUACUUUGGAUUGGUGUUUAUUUAUCAAAAUCACAAGUUGUUUGUAAAAUCACAGUUGUAAGCAACCCGUGGCCAAUUAUAUAUUAGUCUGAAAAGUCCACUGAGUAAUUCUGGAAGUGCAGAAACACCAAGAAAAUUAAUUUGUCUGGCAGCUGAAUGCUGCUUCUUUGUUGUGAUACCCAUUUAGCAAAGCUGGGCUUUCAAGUGAGGAAGCUGCCUCAUUCCAUUGGUCUUUGGCUUUAGAGAAACCAGAGUCAGGAAUGAGGAUUCUGUGAGCUGCUGAGCACCUUUUGCAGAGUACUCAGAAAGCUCAAUCCUAUCUGAAUGUGCAUUAUCCCAAGUUUCCUUUAGCUCUCUCUGCUGCUCUGCACUGCUGGAGGAGGACUGACAGUUCCAUUCCUGCCAGUGCAGUUCUCUGGCUCUGCUGGCUCAGUGGAGCAGUGGAACUGAGAGCCAUCUCCAGGUUAAGCUGCUAAACGUUCACACCAGUACUGGCACCUGUCACAGCAGAGCUGAUAUUUGCACUUAGGUUUUCUUGGCACUUCUGGUUGACGAAAAUGGGAUUAAGCUGUUUAGUGCUACUAUGCACCUGUCGUGAAGGUAAACUUACACCACAUUUGUAUCUUCUCAGGACAACUUGACUGCUUGCACUGUUCAAAUUGAGCACUUCCCUUAUAAUGAGGAUUUUGUAAAAGUGAAUUCUUCACAAGGGUUAUCACCAUACAAUGCACUUUUAAAAACAUGUAUUUAUUAUUGUCAUACAGUAAAUGAAUGUCUAGUAGUCCACAGUUUAAAGGUUCUUUCAAGCAUGUUUUUUAAAGAAACAUUAAAUCCAUGUAAAUUAAAAGGGGUUGUGUUUCCUGAUUAAAUGUCUUGUCCAGAAUAAAGUACAUUACACAGUAUAUCAAUAAAGCACAUAUGCUGGACAAAAAGUCUAGCAGUUGUAAAAUUGCAAAGUGCUUAACUAAUUUUUAAAAGCAAUAAUAAAACUAUGGCUAUUGUAAUACAGAAGAUUAAAAUAAAAGCUUUUCACAAUU